CCCAGUGGCUCCCUGAGUUGAACCGCCACUCAGGGGGUAUCAGGGGGUAAGUGCACGAACCGCCCGCAUUCUCCAUCGAGAACAGCACAAAUCGCGAUUGAGCUAUCCAGACCAUGAGCUUCAAACGCAGAGAAGACUACAAUCUCUUAAUCUUAGAUCCAUGCUCAUAAUACUAGCAGUUUGCUGGAGCUGGAAUAGCUGAAUCGUGUAUGUGUAGAAUAAUGUGUAAUUAUGUGCACGAAUGUAUGUGAAUGAGAUAUAAGGAUACAGUCGACAUAGCUAUGUACAGUUCCCGUAGUUCGCAGAAAAGAGAUGUAAGCAAAGUAGUGUGAAUGCAUGAUAAGUCAUGAAAACAAUCUUUUCUGAGGAAUGAAACUCCCUACUAGUAGAGUUCAUUGUUACUCUGGUACGACACGACAAAAUGGAAGUAUCUCGGCUUGUUUUCACUUUAUUUCUAAUUCUCAGCACUGUUACUUGUCAAAAGAGGACAGAUGAAUACUGUUCGUGGCGUAAUGAAGAUAUUAAUUAUCAAUUUAAUUUCAAAAAUUUAUCAUUGGAGGAUCUAAUCAUUAAUGACGAUGCCAAAGACCUGAUACAUCUACGUUUGUGUUCUCCCUUAGAAACUGAUUGUAACGGGCAAUAUGGAUAUAGUAUUUGUCUUUCAAAGAAUAAUACCAAAAUAGGCUUGGGAAAAGCGCCACCUGAAGUAAAUGUGACUAAAGGGAUAAAGUUUAAAUUCUUUGGAGAUCGUUGUAACGCGAAUACUAACUAUACUGUACAGAUUAUAAUGCAGUGUAAUUCUUCAGCAGUUCAUGAAACUGUCCCUCAUAUGUUUCAAAAAAGUGAGAAUCAUUGCGAGUGGUACAUGAUUUGGUAUACAAAAGCAGCUUGUGGUAACAUCAUAAAAUCAAAUUGUACAGCAAAAGAUGAUUCUGGUCGCAGUUUUAAUCUAAGCCCAUUAACCAGAAUCUCUGACAAUUAUAUUAUAGAUGUGGGCAACACAUCUAGCAAAAAGAUUAUACUAAAUAUUUGUCAUUCAUUAAUAUUUGGAGAUAAUACUAAAUGCCAUCCAAACUCUGGUGCAUGUCUGCAAAAAUCCAAAACCAACAAUGACACAUGGUACGAAAACCUAGGCAAUGUAGAUUCAUCCAGUGUCCCAGUCUUUAAAGAUGGUCAGUUACAACUUCAGUAUUUUGAUGAGAAAACUCUAGAUAAUACUUAUAUCACCCUGUAUUUUGUGUGCGACCCUAGCGCUAAUAAUACUGAUCCUGCAUAUAUGAAUGAAAGCGGUCCCUUUCAUUACAAAUUAAGUUGGAGAACAAAUGCAGCUUGUGUUCCUGACUUAUGUACUGCAACAAAUCCAGUGACAAAUUUUCAGCAUAACUUACAAACAUUAAUGAGUAGAGCAUUUACUAUUAAAGCACUGAAUGGGUCAGAAUAUAAGAUAGCAAUUUGCAGACCCCUUCUCGGUAAUCCGUGCAAAUCAGGAACUGGUGUUUGUUUUUCUAAAAAUGGAACGUCCUUUGGACAGUCUAAUACAAAUUUAACAUGGCAAAAAAAGGGCCCUUUCUUAAAUUAUACCAAUGGUGAUAUAUGUAAUAAUCAUGGACAAAGACGUUAUACACUGAUUUCAUUUUUCUGUGGAUCUGAAAGCUCCUAUAAUGGGCCGCGUAUUAUAAAAGAAGAUAAAUGUAGUUUAAUCAUUCAUUGGGAUACAAGUUUGGUUUGCGAAAAAUCUAUAAAGUGUUCAACAGAAAAUAAUGAAGUAAAUCUAACAAGUUUAAUUCGUAUUGAUCAUAAUUACGUAGUUAAGUCUAAGGAUGUUGAUUUUUAUAUAAAUAUCUGCCGGCCUCUUUUACCUAUGAACAAUGUAAAUUGCCCGCAAGGUGCUGCAAUUUGUCAAGCGAGACGUAAUCCGACAGGGCAACUUAUCAAUUUCACCAGUUUAGGAUUUCCUAAUGAGCCUCCACAUCUUGGGAGUGAUGGACAACCACUCCUAAGGUAUCAAAGCAAUGUACUAUGUCCAGAAAAUCCAAAGAAACUGAUUUCGACAAAUAUUACGUUUCUUCGUAGUCCUUACACUGAAACUAAAAUAGAAUAUAAAGAUUAUGGGGAUUGUACUUACAAGUUUGAUGUGAGAACAAGUGUCGUUUCUGAAGUACCAACAACAUCCAUUGAACCGUGUACAUUGGAAAUACCACUUACAUCAGACAAGUUUUUUCUUUUCCCAUUGCCGAAUGAAUCAGUACACUAUGUGAAAGGAAGGAAUGGGAAAUUAUAUGAGGUAAGCAUUUGUGGUAGUCGCCAUUGCAACGGUUCAGUAGUCUGUGAAGGAAAUAAUGGCUACGGAUCAAAAACUGAUGUAUUAUUUGAUCAUAGAAGAAAUGUUGUAACCCUUAAGUACAGUAAUGGCACCAAAUGUACAAAUAAUUCUUAUGAUUCACUUAACUCUGAAAUAAAAUUAAAAUGCAACAUGACGGCUGGAGUCAACGCACCUCAAAUCAAGUCGGAAACUGAUUGCAGGGUUGAAUUCGAGUGGCAAACGAGCGUAGUUUGUUCAAAUUUGACCACUCGCGAAACGAUCACCAUUGCAAGCGAUCCGAUUGACCCGACAAAUGAAGUUCAAGGCGGAAGCAGUAUUGCAGGCCCAAUUGCAAUCUUGGUGCUGGUCAUCCUGAUUGCUUGUUUCUGUUUAUACAGUCCAGCAAGAAGAGCGCGUUUACGUUCCUACUUAAAAUGCUGCAAUUCGGAUACACCGAGUGGACGAGCUCAGUAUUAUCGGGUCAGCACCAAUGAAGAAUCUUGUUCAUUACUGGACUCUUCUGAUCCAACGCAUUGUCAAAGUGACAGCGACGAGGAUUUAUUGUGUGCAUAAUUUUCCCUGAUUUCGCAAAACCGUAAAGGUCGUGGUCGGAAGUGAGGUGCUCUAGAAGAAAUCUCAACAUUCCGGGAAUAAUUAAACAUUAUCAUCGCCGAAUAAUUCUAUUUUUAUAAACGAAAUAAGCAAGUCAAGAUUCCAGAGCUCUCAGUCUUGUGCACUAACAUUAAUUGCGAAUGGUAAUUGCUCCAAAGAACAUUCGAUAAUUUUAAUAUUUAAUUACGUAACACGGUUGUAGUGCUAGUGUACCUUUACACGUUCCUCUCUCUUCAGUUCCAGGUUGUUUUUAAUACAAGAUAUUGAUGUAACAAUUGUACAAAUUAGAGAGAAAUCUAUCCGCGAUACGGUACUAAAUAAUUAUCCACUACGUGGAUAUCCAUGGUACCGGGAAUGGAGAUUAAAGAGUUGAUAAUCUUAAAAUUA